AUGGCAUUAUUUAGCAAUAUGUCCGCAGUUAUGAUACCUUUGUUAACUUUAUCUUCAAAAAUUGAAGCCUUCACUUACCAAGAAGCCUGGCCCUUAAUUAAUUGUAUUACUUGUAUUAAUCAAAUUGUUUCACAAAGAUAUCUCAGAAAUCAGCCUAAAGCACUCCCAGAAGUUUAG